CUCAAAACUACUCGGCGCCGAGCGUGGUCAAACGUCACUAUGAAGCGUGUAACAUGGCUGUAAACAACAGCGAUGAGGACCACGAAGGAGACUCGGAUGCGGAGCGAAUAGUGUAUGAAAAGUUUGUUGCGUUGAACCAGAACCUGAUCGACUGUGGAAUACACAUAGACGAAUUAAGAAACUUGACGUAUAGGAAAACUAGGACGAAAAGUGAUGGUGGCUCUGCACUACUUAGACCUCACAGUUUGUUUAUUUUAGUAACACUUGUUGCUGUUGCGUGUGUUAGUAUUGUACUGAAAAUACCAUUUGUAGAAUACAUCGUGCAGAGUGCCAUCGGUAUACGAUGUAUUUUACCCAACAAUUAUUUUGUUUGGGAAGCUACUAGGCCUAUAACAGACUGUGAAAUGUGUAAGGAUGUGAAGGAAGUGCUUGUAUUUCACAAUAUUACUAGAGAAAAAUUUAAGAACUAUGCGUACAGUUCCAGACCGAUGUUAAUGAAAGGUGCUGCCUCAAAAUGGCCUGCAAUGCGUACGUUUGAUUAUCAUUUUUUAAGAGACUUAUAUCAAAGAAUUGAUGGUGCUUACGAAAGUGUAGAGGAUGAGUGCCAGAUUUUAACUUUCAAGACUGAAUUCAAAACAUUAGAAGAAGUAUUUUCUAUGCCUGAGUCAAGAGUCAAACUAGAAGUAGGCGAGAAGCCGUGGUAUGUUGGUUGGAGUAACUGCCAUCCAGAAGUUUUGGACGUACUGCAUCAGUACUAUGAUAAGCCAGACUUCCUGCCAGAGGAUGCUGAACACUCUCGCACUGACUACAUCUUCAUCGGAUACCAACAGGGAGCUGUCAUGCAUAUUGACUACGUAAGCCGCCUGAUGUGGCAGGCCCAAAUUAAAGGGCACAAGACAUGGAAAUUGUUACCGCCACCGGAGUGUGAUGAUGUUUGUUCACCAGUUAGCUUCCGUGUUGAACCAGGGGAUAUAGUUCUCCUGGACACACGGCAGUGGUACCACGAUACCCACAUAGACGAUGGAGAAAUGAGUCUUACAGUCAGCUCCGAAUAUGGUUAGAUACAGCAGAAGACGUGCAAGAAAAUUGUAUGACAGUACAAAAGUAGCUUUUAACCUCAGGAAUUCACAUUGUUAUUAUGAAAUUUCAGCAGUAAUUUUAAUUAGUUUGAUGACAACAGCUAUACUAAUCACCAUUACCCAAAAGCCAAACCAAAGUCCCAUCAAAUUGCCAUCAGCGACACUUAGGCUGUUAUGAAUAUUAGAAAGUGAUUAUUCUGCUUCUGAUUUAUACCACAAAUUGUUUCUAGUCCUUUUGUACAGCAGGCACAAUUAUUUCAUUUAAAUUUACAUAUAUUUGUACAUUACUAAGCUAGCACAAAGAUAUAUUUAUUACAUAAAAGAGAAUUAUUUUUAUAUUAUAGACUUUACAUACUAUCCUAGUCAUGUGUAUAACCAUAGUUUUAGCUUCUCCAAAAGAAUUCUGAAGUCUUCAACAGUUUGUACAAACCGUUGUCACUUUUGUAUCAUAAAUGGAGAGAUUCUGAAAGUGUGGAGUGAUGAUGUCAUUCUUCUUCACAUGCUCUUUCAUUAUUUAUUCUUCUCAAUAUAAUGCUGUAUAAUGGGAAAGUACCAAUGGAUUAUGCACAAGACAUGAAAAGUCUGUUUCAGCUUUCUCUAUGAAAGUUACAUAGCGCAAAAGAGAUGCUGUAUGAAGUUUUUUGUUUGUUAGUAUAACUUAUGCAGCAACUGAAAACAGUCUCUGUCUUCCUAGUUAAAUACAUAUAAGAAAAAUUCUACAAGCCAAAGAUUUCAAGUUUUCUGUCUUCCAUAUUUCAUCAUUCUGUCUCUAAAUUUCUUGAUCUAUUUACACCAAUGGAGACUAGCCAUGUAUCCGUUUACAGUUGACAUGAUUUUGUAAGACUCUGUGACAUCUGUGCACAAUAGUUGAAAGUAUUACCAAAUUAUCAUUAGUAUCUAUGCCUUUUAUGUGAACAACUGUUUCGUUAAAUAAUUAUACAUUUACUUAAAACACUUGUAAUGAAAAUUUCUUUCAUAGAAGUUUAAUUGUAAUAUUAGAGGUGCUGCCGUAACUACUAUUAUAUGUGCUUUCUCUGUUAUCAUUUUAAAGGCAUUUAUUGUUGUAUAUUACAUAUUUUAUAUACUAAACAAUGUGUAUGGACUAGUGCCUCUUGAUUUAAUUCUAAUCUCUUUCUAUUAAGAUAUUAAGUAUAUUUAUUCAAAAUUGUGCCGCAUUUGACAAAUUUAAACACUUUUAUGGUGGAGUCCAUACCACAGUGCAUGCAUUACUUAUAGAAAGUUAAAAACCAGCAUCUCUUUUUUCCAUCAUUUUGCAGUGAUCUAGUAAAUUAUUUCAUCCACUCAUUUUGUUUUAUAAUUGGAAAUAAGCAAUCUGGUCAUUAUGAGGUUCACAUUAGUUAACAAAUGAACCAAAAACAAUGAUGGGUUUCAGUGAUGAACAAUUAUUCAAGAAUUACUAUACCAUAGAAAAACAGCUAAUAUAAAUUGCUUUUGCAUGUUACGUUAACAACUAAUUAGAAUUUCUUACCAAUAAAGCUAAUUAGUUGUACUCAGUAUAUUCUUAUUGCAAUAGUAGGAAAAAGCUAUAUUGUAAUUAUGAAAAAACAUUUUCCAGUUAAUAUGAGGGUUAAUGCCAACACAACAAGUAUAGCAAUAAAACACUGGAUUGGUUGGUAUGCCUAAGAUACAUGCAGGGGAGCUAAUACAUGUGCAUUCAUACAGCUGUGGUAACUAUCCCAUCUAUUGACACAUUCCCCUUUGUUCACCUUUAAAGCAGUUAUUUAAGAAUUGCUGCACUGCUUAUUUGUUUUUCAUUUAGUUAUUUAGCAUGUGAUGCAGUGUGUGUAUUGGCAGCACAUGGAAUAGAAUAAGAUCCUGUUUAUCAAUAGGUAAUUAGUACUGAUAUAAUAAACUUAAAUUAGUGUUUAUGGUACAAAACAGUAUAUUGCUUCUGAACAAUAUAGGCUACUGUAAUUGGUGAUAAUGUAACUAAGUAUUAGAAACUACUGUAGUCAACUUACAAAUUUCUAUGGAAUGGAAGAACUUAGAAACAAGCGGCAACAAAAAUCUUCAUUUUCAUUAUUUUUAUUGCAGUUAUUCCCUGCCAAUAACAAAUAGAUUAUAGUGAAUAACAAAAAGCAAAAAAUGGAUCCACUUCAUUUGUAUAUUUUAGUUUGCUAGUAUAUUUUUUGAAAUUAUAUGUCCCAUUGGUGAGGUUUUAAAGUGGUCGUAUAAGCAUUUGUUCAGUUCACACAUAGAUACAUGUAGCAUCGAACUAUGAUUAUAUGACAAACAAUAAGAAAUAAACAAUUAUUAAUUAAUAAUUUGAAGUAACUGACG